UGUAUCAGAGAAGGAGGAGUAAUUUUAAAAGUAAUGAAUUCAGUGGUGGUACUAGCAAUUUUCAUUAGGAGGGGGAAUUACAUUUUUUAAGUAGAAAAAUGUAAACUUUGUCACUUAAAAAAAAAACCCGUAUCACAAUUAUUUAUAAUAUUAUAGUUGAAUUAGGUACUAUUACAUUUUUUAAAUAUUAUAAAAUAAGGCACUAGGGGUUCUAUAUCCUUCUCAUUCUUCCUUAAUUAUAUCCCUGGCAAUGAUGUAGAUAUUACUCAGUUAUUUUGGGAGCUAUGAUUAUCAAUAUUUAGAUUAAAAUAUGUGUGAGAUAUAUUAAGGGGGGGGAGGGAGAAUAAUUACAAAUUUAUUAUUCGAUAGAAUACAAGGUAAGUAAAAUAUAAACUCUAUGAAGUACCCACACAAAAUGUAUAAACAUUUUUUCUAAUAUUUUUCCUCCACCCUAACUGAGGCAAAAUUAUGUCACUGUAGAUUUUUACGCGAUGUCCUGAAGCAGUUUGCAGUGGGUGGAUAUCAUAAUAUUACAGUGCCCAGUGAAAUUUCAUAUACAAACAGCUAGUGUUCAAGUGUUGGAUGUGAAAUUUCGUGCUUGCUGUACAACAAUGAUUAGCAAUAAUGCGAAUGAUGCUAUUGUAUGGAAAAAUAAGUACCUAUUAAGAUAUCUUCAAAUAUUGGCAUUUGUGUGUGUGUGUGUGUGUGUGGUGUAGGUGUUAUAAUGUAAAGUUACAGUCGUAAAUGAUUAAAGCUGUUGCAGUGCAAAUUAUGAGUGGUAACUGCAGGUGACUAGCCUUGUACCUUUGUAUAUAUACUGCAUAGCAUAUUGAGGGGGGGGGAAAUAGUGAUCUGCACCGAGACGUAUAGUUUAGAUACGCCGUCGUUGUGGAACCUAAGUACGACGCGCGCGAGGCCCAUGCAAUAUUCAUAUAACGCGUACGUAUUUUAUACGCAUAUAUACCUGUCUAUACCUGCCUUUCCACCCACCCGCUUACCUACAUUCGCAUACAUAAUAAUAUAUGUGCUCGAACACGAUGAGGGGUGGAUAGUGUUCUAUAGUGCCUAUGUGCUAGCGGCAAAGGUUUGUGCGCGCUGUCUGGCGGCGCAAAAUUUUUUUUUCCUCUUUCGUUGAACCUCCCUUCUCGGUAGGGGUGGUUGCGACUUGCGGCGGUAGCGGGCCGGUCAGAUAAAAUGCUAGUGCCGCCGUAGUACAGCGUAGUAGUAGUAGUAGUAGUAGUAGUCGUCAUGGUGCGGUGGCCGUACGCGUACGCUCUGCGUUCGUCGACUCGCGUUCGUUCCGUCGUCCGCAGACGGUCCACUUCCCUACCUCGUCCGUCGCCCACAACUUGUUGAUGACCGCUGAAGUCGCUGCCGCCGCGGGUUUUCCGCUCGUUUCCUCUCCUUUUUGCCGCCGGCUAUAUCAAUGAUAAUAAUAAUAUGUUAUUUCUCGACCGUCGUUCUCUAUUCGUUUGUCCUCGCGGUGUCGUGUCACUGCUCCCGAUACAAUGCCUCGAUUUUACCAGAUUUCUUCCGGUAUUGUUUAGAAGACUUUAUUGGUAAUCGUUGACGACGAUAGUGAUGAUGGGAGAAUAGCUUUCAACCAUCAAUGGACUAAAGGAAAUUAAUUGUACGAACGUGAACCUGUGAAAUAUAAUCUUCCGAUCAUGUUACCAAUCCGUUUACCCAAUACAAUAUUGGCAAGUCGUCGCCAACAACCGCCUACACCUAGCCCAACCGAACCUAAAGUACAAGUUCGGCCAUUAACGAAAGAUUCGCUGGAAACUAGACAACAUGUUACAACAUCUGUCGGAUAUGGUUACCAAACGCGAAAUAAAGUGAGCGUGUUGGAUGGAUCUGUGUUACCUAGCAAAUUUGAGCCGUUUCCUAGUGAGUUAUAUGGCAUGCCACUUGAGGAAAUUGACAAUUUUAUAUUUGAUGAGACGUUUUGUGUGGUAUCCAAAAGAUUUCGGAAGAAUUAUAUACACCGUUUUACAGCCACCCAGUCUUUCUUUAUGUUUUCCCCUUGGAACUCGUUUCGGCAACUGUGCAUAUACAUUUCUACUAAUCAAAUAUUCGACUAUGUGGUUAUGACCACUAUAUUGCUCAAUUGUGUCUUCCUAGCCAAAACAGAUUCGGUCGAAGAAGCUGAAUACAUAUUCUUGGCCAUCUAUACGGCCGAAAUGGUUAUCAAAACCAUAUCAAAGGGAUUUAUACUGAACAAGUAUACAUACUUACGAAACCCGUGGAACUGGCUGGAUUUCAUCGUCAUCACGUCGGGUUAUGCGACCAUCGGCAUGGACGUGGGGAAUCUAGCCGGGCUACGUACGUUUCGCGUACUCAGAGCUCUAAAAACCGUAUCUAUAAUGCCAGGUCUCAAGACGAUCAUCAACGCCUUGUUGCACUCCUUUCGUCAAUUAGCUGAAGUCAUGACACUGACCAUAUUUUGUCUAAUGGUAUUUGCUCUGUUUGCGCUUCAAGUGUACAUGGGUGAAUUACGGAAUAAAUGUGUUAUGAUUAACGAAGACAACGUGAAUUGGCUAAUAUGGAUAAAUAAAGAGCAAAACUGGCUGUCGGACAACGAAGGCAACCCAAUGUUAUGCGGCAACGUGACUGGGGCGAGACAUUGCCCAGUUGGUUACGUGUGUCUUGGUGUUGGCCCUAACCCCAAUCACGGUUACACGAAUUUCGACAAUUUCCUGUGGUCUAUGUUGACUACGUUCCAGCUAAUUACACUGGACUAUUGGGAAAACGUCUACAACAUUGUGUUGGCGACGUGUGGCCCGAUGAGUGUCAUAUUUUUCACGGUGGUGGUGUUCUUCGGUUCGUUCUACCUGAUCAAUCUGAUGUUGGCUGUCGUCGCCCUGAGCUACGAAGAAGAAGCGGAAAUCACACAAGAGGAGAGGCGAAAAGACUUGACGGACUAUCGGGACGAAUCAACGUUCAGUUUCGACCCGAGCCGCAUCCCGGUCAAGCAACUGCAGGACAGACAGAACCGGGAAAAGAAGAAAGUAGAUGGCCGAAAAGGUGUUCUAUUGUCUUCGGUGACCCGCAAACGGAAAAAGUCGCGAAGACGUCGGACACCGUCUCAGCAACGGUCACAACAACCGGAACAGCAGCAACCGGAACCACAACAACAGCAGAACACCACGGACGACCGAGAUGGUACUGUGGACGGAGUGAUAGAUGCCGCAGAACAGGAAGUGGAAAUAGUGGCAACGAUAGCGUCGGAAGCUGACGUAUCGGCAGUGGCAGUGGCGUUGGGUGACUGUGAAGAUGGUGAAGAUUCGUGCAGUCGUUUGUCAACGCCCCGCCGUAAACCAUCGAGGUCGCCAGAUCCGCCCGCACAACCGGUCACGCCGCCGCCGCAACCGGAACCACCGCCCGGCACUUCCGGAACUUCCGCCGCCGUCACCAAACCCAACGUGGCUGCCGACAGUCUGCGACCGUGUGCUCUUGUAGCUCCUCAAGGACGAGAACGGUGGUUACUGGGUAGUAGACAGGGUAGUGCGAAUACUAGUGAAGGAAACAACAGGGAUUCAUCACUGGACGACUCAGGUGUAGUAGAUGAUCAUGAUGACGGAGAAGCGACGUCGCAAUCACAAUCUCAUCACACUUCACCACAACCACAGCAAUGCGGAUACCAUCAGUUACCUCAGAAUUCCACCAACGAUAAUGGUUUAGCUGUAUCAAAAAGCAUUAAAGUGAUCAAAUGCAAUGGGCUGAAAACAAAACCAUUUGGCCGCAACGGCGAGGCCGAGUACGUGUCUCAGGUGGUUGUUAUUGAUGAUCAAAAUUGUUCAAAUUGCAAUAGAAAUUGCAUUGACUACCAGACAUGGUUGAGAGUCCAAAAAUGUCUGCAUAAAGUGGUUAGAGAUCCAUUGUUCGAGUUGUUUAUUAUGGCAUGUAUCAUAUGCAAUACAAUAGUGCUGGCUAUUGAACAUCACGGAAUGUCACAAAAUGUACGUAACAUUUUGGACGUUGGAAACAAGGUUUUCACAACUAUUUUUACUGUGGAAUGUCUAUUCAAGUUAAUUGCUCUAAGUAAUGAAUUCUUCAAUUGUGGUUGGAAUAUAUUUGACAUGAUCAUUGUGACAGCUAGCUUAUUAGAUUUAUCAUUUGAAAUGAUCGAUGGUUUAUCAGUUCUUCGCUGUUUAAGACUGCUUCGAGUCUUAAAAUUGGCUCAAUCAUGGACAACCAUGAAAGUACUAUUGAGCAUCAUCAUAUCGACGAUCGGAGCUCUCGGUAACCUUACGUUUGUUCUAAUCAUCAUCAUAUAUAUAUUCGCUGUCAUAGGCAUGCAGCUAUUCUCAAAAGAAUAUAUGCCAGAAAAAUUUGAUCCAGAUCCUGUUCCGAGAUGGAAUUUUUCAGAUUUUUUUCACUCGUUCAUGAUGAUUUUUCGAAUUCUUUGUGGUGAAUGGAUUGAACCAUUGUGGGAUUGUAUGAAAGCCGAAGAGAAAGAGGGUUUUGGCAUAUGUUUCGCGAUAUUUUUGCCUGCACUGGUGAUGGGUAACUUCAUGGUUCUUAACUUGUUUUUGGCGUUGUUACUCAAUAGUUUCAAUUCUGAAGAAUUAAAAUCUAAAAAAGAGCAAGGUCAACAAGAAGUAGACGAGGAAAUGGCUCAUUACAGAGAAAGAUGGGCCCAUCAUGUUAGAGUAAUCAGUAACGUUUGCCAAAAGUGUAGAGUUCAAAAUUCGUCAAGAAGGUCCUCAAUUUCUUUGUCGAAUAUCCCAAAAGAUACAAUUGUAUCACUCGUAGAUUAUGAGGAAGUUGGCGAUGGCUCUAAACUAGAAAGAAGUUUUCAACGGAUUCGUUCAAUUAUCAGGAAACGUAAGCGUCGACAAUCGCGAACUGAGACAACUAGUUGUGAUACUUCUGUAAAUUUCAAACUGGAAAAUACAGUUAAGCAAUUGAUGCGAAUCAAAAAUGAAAAAAAGAAAUUGAAAACAGAAACAGUUAAUAUAUCGGAUGAUGAAAUUUGUGAACGACAGCAAAACUGUGAAUAUGACAUAGAAAUUACCAACAAUCGUAUAGAAUCUGAUCAGAACGACGGGACGUCGUUAGUACUGAAUGCCGGAUACUUGGAUCAACAAGAGAAGACUGAUCGCCGAAUUCAACGUGCCAUGACGGAAGAUUCUACGGAUACAGUUUUGGUUACAGGAUAUAACCAAGGGCCAUUCACGACUCAACAAACGCCGGUAUUUAGUGGCCAGGAAUCAACAUCUGAUGAUUUACUAUACCAUCAAAUUAUGCAGGACGCCAUGUGUUAUGCACCUACUUUAACAAGAGAGUUAGAUUUACCAAUGUUAGAUGAAACGUUUGAGUUAUCUGAACAUUGCACUAGUCCACCACCAGCAGGAAUACAUCGAAGAUCCUACAUAUUGGCCACCAGACAAGACAGCAGUAAAGACGAAGUUGAUGAUCAAGAUGAAACGUGUUUCUUGAAACAGAAAAAUAAAGACAUAGUAAUUGAUGAAAUAUCCAAAAAGAAACCUUGGAUAACACUUGUAUCUUAUGUGGACGAAUUAACGGUGGGUGGAAGAAGAGACUCCCAAGGAAAUUUCGUAGAUGCAGCUCCCAGUUUUCCAGGGUUUGGCAGAAAUAAACAAUCAAAAGCUCCAUUAGAAUGUUUUCCUUUUAGUUGCUAUCAAAAGAUUGGGAUAAAAAAAGAGUGGGUCGACACUUGUUUUGGUGACCGAUGGAUGACUUUUCGACAGAAAACUCUUGUGGUAGUUGAUACACCGAUAUUUGAAUGGUUUAUACUAGUUUUGAUCUUUGCGUCUAGUGUAACUUUAUGCUUCGAAGAUAUUUACCUAGACGAAAAUCAAACUCUCAAAACUGCAUUAUAUUGGACCAAUUUUACGUUUUGCGUUAUUUUCACAAUUGAACUUAUGCUAAAAUGGAUAGCUUUGGGAGUUUAUAAAUACUUUAAAAGUUUUUGGACAGCUUUAGACUUUAUUAUUGCAAUGAUGUCAAUUUUUAGUUUAUUAAUUGAUGAAAAUGAGAAUUUAAAAGUUCUACGAUCGUUAAGAACUCUCCGAGCUUUGCGACCACUCAGAGCUAUAUCGAGAUGGCAAGGGAUGCGGAUAGUUGUGAAUGCUCUGAUGUAUGCAAUUCCAUCAAUUUUUAACGUUCUGCUGGUUUGUCUUGUGUUUUGGUUGAUAUUUUCAAUCAUGGGUGUACAAUUUUUUGGUGGAAAGUUUUUUAAGUGUGUUGACGACAACGGAGACCGUGUAGCCGUAAACAUUGUCAAUAAUCGCAGUGACUGCAUGCUCCAUAACUAUACUUGGUUAAAUUCAAAAAUAUCAUUUGAUAAUGUGGGCAUAGCUUAUUUGGCUUUGUUUCAAGUUGCUACAUUUGAAGGAUGGAUGGAAGUAAUGGCAGAUGCUGUAGAUGCUCGUGGUGUAGACUUACAGCCUGAAUAUGAGGCAAACUUAUAUGCUUACAUAUAUUUUGUGAUAUUUAUUGUAUGUGGAGCAUUUUUUACUCUAAACCUUUUCAUCGGUGUUAUAAUUGAUAACUUUAACAUGCUUAAAAAAAAGUACGAAGGCGGAGUAUUAGAAAUGUUCUUGACUGAAAGUCAAAAGCACUAUUACACGGCCAUGAAAAAAUUAGGCCGGAAAAAGCCACAAAAAGUAAUUAAACGCCCAGUCAAUCAAUUUAUGGCAAUAUUUUACGACUUAUCAAAUUCCCGAAGGUUUGAGAUAGCAAUUUUCGUAUUGAUUUUUUUAAAUAUGCUGACAAUGGGUAUUGAACAUUACAAUCAGCCUGUUUCGGUGUUCUUCAUAUUAGAAGUCUGCAAUGCAUUUUUUACUACAGUCUUUGGAUUAGAGGCUUUAGUGAAAAUAAUUGGUCUUCGAUUUCAUUACUUUACCGUUCCUUGGAAUGUUUUCGAUUUUUUACUUGUCUUAGCAUCUGUUCUUGGUAUACUUAUGGAAGAUAUCAUGAUCGAUUUUCCAGUAUCACCGACACUUUUGAGAGUAGUUCGCGUGUUCAGGAUCGGAAGAAUAUUACGAUUGAUUAAGGCCGCUAAGGGUAUACGUAAACUGCUAUUCGCCUUAAUUGUGUCUUUACCAGCACUUUUCAAUAUUGGCGCACUACUUGGUCUGAUUACUUUUAUAUACGCCAUUAUUGGUAUGUCUGUUUUCGGGCAUGUCAAAAAACAAAAAGCAAUUAAUGACAUGGUCAACUUUGAGACUUUUGGUAGGAGCAUGCAACUGUUGUUCCGGCUGAUGACGUCGGCCGGAUGGAAUGACGUACUUGAAUCCCUUAUGGUACAACCACCGGAUUGUGAACCAGAAUCUCCAGGACUUCCGAAUGGCAAUUGUGGACACCCUAUCCUUGCGAUUACGUAUUUUACGAGUUUUAUCAUAAUAAGCUACAUGAUAGUUAUAAAUAUGUACAUAGCUAUUAUAUUAGAAAACUUUAACCAAGCUCAUCAGGAAGAAGAAAUCGGCAUUGUAGAAGACGAUCUCGAAAUGUUUUACAUCCGAUGGUCCAAAUACGAUCCACAUGCAACGCAGUUCAUAGCGUUCAAUCAAAUAUCCGAUUUCAUUGCAAGCUUGGACCCGCCAUUGGGCAUACCUAAACCAAAUAUCGUGGCUUUGGUCAGCUUCAAUUUGCCAAUUGCGAGAGGCAACAAAAUACAUUGUUUAGACAUACUCCACGCACUCGUCAAACACGUGCUUGGUCAUGUCGACGAAACGGACGAAUUCAGAAAACUUCGUGAUCAAAUGGAUGUGAAGUUUAAAAAACAAUUCCCGACACGUAAGGAACUGGAAAUCGUGUCAUCUACGCGUCUGUGGAAACGUCAAGAUAAAGCCGCAAGACUAAUACAAAGAAGUUACCGAAACUUCCGAAGACGAAAAAAAGACAUGACGGAUUUGUGUUCGGAUACGCAGUCUUCAAGCCCCGGAGGUUGGCAGUCACGUCUUUCGUCGUUCUUGCAUGUUAAAGGCAUGUCAAUCAGUGGUAUUGGAGGCGGUAUCGGUAGUGGUUCUAGAGCUUCGUCCAGAAAAUCUUCCAGAGCCUCCGACACGUCUGAUAUAUCUGAACUAGGAGCGUCUCUCUGGCUUAAUCUACCGUUGUUUUUAUUGUCUAACGCUCAGUUGGAUAUAGCGGGUAAAAACGAAGAACAGUCGCCCAAGAAAAAAUCACACGUCGAGGGAGGUGGCGGCGGACCGGUGCACAUCACGAUUAGCGAACCGUCUCCCGAGGCCAAACCGAACGCGGUGCUGCCGUUGUCGCUGGACGGGGUCGGCGACGCGGCGACCGGAAGCGGCACGGCGGACCGGAAGCAACAGCAACACCAACCAUCCCAGCAGCAGCAACAACAGGCGGCGGCCAACGUGAGCAUCACCAUAACGGACGCGUCGCCGGUAAGCGCGUGCGGCCCCAAACCGUUGCCGGCGGCUAACGUUCAACAGCAGCAGCAGCAGCAGCAGCAGAUCGGCGGCGGCGGCGGCGGCGGCGGCGGCGGCGGAGGAGGUCCGACGGCGGCGCACAGCAAACGGUUGGCGUUCCGGCGGGCGAGCGAGGCGAAAAUCGUACAGCACAAGGCGCUGGUGCACAAGACGUCGGAAGGGCCGCACAGCUGAUGGGAAUUAUUACAAUAAUAAUUAUACACAGCUAACCCGUCAUCGGACAUAGGUAUAAUACUACACUAUAUAUACCUACCGCCGGAGUCAUCGUUAUCGCCGUUGCAGCGGUUGUUGUUGUUUGUUUGUUUGUUGUUGUUGUUGUUGUUGUUGUUUUUGUUGUUAUUGUUAUUUUUUUUUUUUACUAUUAUUAUCAUUAUUAUUAUUAUCAUCAUCGUUUUCGUCCGUACACGGCGGCUACGGUUAUGUUCUAUAUAUUGUAAGCUGCGCGUACUUGUACAGUCCAUCGCCCCGCCGCACCCGCACCAACCGACCGAAGGCACCGCCGCCGCAAAAAUCGCCCGUCCGGCACAGACGAUGUAGGAAUGCCGCACGACACACAGAUCGACGACGUCGACCGUAUAUCAUAAUAUAGCGUUUAAAUAAAAUGCGUCCUGCUGUUAGAGAUUCUUAAAACCACCCACACGCGGUUGAUUCGACCCUUAUUAUGUACAUCGUUCGGAAUAGGUUACGUUCCCGUUAAAAAAAAUGUGUCACGAUCGCACGCAUAUCACGUAAAUUGCGGCCCGGUUAUUUUUGACACGUACGUAAAUUCAGUUCUGGGACAUUAAAAAACACAUGCAAAGUGAUACGUAUUGUGUAUUAUAUUAUAAUACAGUAGUUUAAAAACUCGGAAAAAUAGAAAAAUUAUAGAAAAAAAUUCAUAAAUUAUAAUAUACGAGAAAUAAUGAAGGAAUUUCAAACUAAAAUAAUAUUACUCAUUCAAAUAUUUACCGGUUGGUCGAAAUAACUAAAUUUUAAUACUAUACAUUUUUUAUUCGUGUUAGCAGCAUAAACAUAGCGAAACCAAUAUUAAUAUAUAGUUGUAUUUCCAAUCCUAAAUCCGGAAAAAUGGAUGAAAAGUAUUAACUUUUCAAAUUUAUCCCUAGACGUGAUUUACGUAUGUGAAUAAAAAUAAAUAUUUAGGCCGCAAUUUACAGCCUACACCCAUAUAGUCAACACUGGUCUACACAGUAUUUGUAACUAUUAACACGGAAGAUGAAAAAAAUCGAUUAUGAUAGGUUUAUCUGGUGGAUACGAGUAGAAUACAAUUCGACCGAUGUAUGUGUAUAUAUACGUCGCUCCAAGUAAGAUUUCACGAAAUCAUGGCCGAAAACAGAACGCAGCCGCGAUCGUGUUCAUCUCGCCGGUGACCAAAUUACGCACGUCUUGCACGCAACUAAAAAACAUACAUUACGAUGUAACAAUAUAUCAUAGCAUUGCGAGUUAUGCGUAAUAUAUUAUGCCGAACGCGUGUCGUAUGUAAUUCGUCGUCGCCGCGGUUUUCUCAUUUUCCGGGGUCGACAAAUCCCCGUCUCGUAGGGUAUACGCCGUUUUGAGAUACACACACACACACACACAUGGCCCGGUGGGGGUAGCUGUCUCGCUACCACCCCUAUAUCCGCAUUCUUUUCCACCACUACAACUACACGUGCAUCGGUAGGGGAAAAUGAUUGAGGUCGAGCAGACGCCGAGCAAACCGUGAACGCCCGAUAAUUUCUUCAACACGAAUUAGUCGUAUUGUCCGUCGUAUUUUGUUUUCGUUUUCGAGUUUUUAUUUUACUGAUUUAUAUAGCUGUAUUAUUAUAUAUUAGGUAUAUAUAAUAUAUAGCGGAUCAGACAAUUAUAUUCCGUUGUGCGUAUACUUUAUAAUAUACAUAUAUUAUGUUGCGCAGCGACUGCAGAACUCGUCGUAACAAUGUGGUUCGCGAAAACUUUAAAUUCCUCCGUGCCCCCCCCCCCCCCCGACCUUACCACCUCGACUCCCGGCAUCGCAGCGGUUUUCCAUUAUGAUUUUCAAAUAUUCGCGACGCGCGUCCGCAAAACAACUUCGCAAUAAUUACUAUUACAUACACUCGACUAAACCGCGCAUUGUUCGGUAUAGACAAUAAUAAUACACAACAUGUACGCCGUACUUACGCUUAAUAUUUAUAGAAAGCAAAAAAAAUAAAUAAAAAGUUUACCGCAUAGAACGUAGCAUUUGUAUAAAAAUUAUAAAUAUAUAUAUAAUAUGUUAACAUUUGGAGGAGACGUUUCAUAUUUAUCGCUUACCACGAUCGCGUAAUUAUACACACUCGUUGCCUUGUGCUUGACUGUCUGUUUUCUGUUUUUACUAGGUACGUACAUCAAAUAUUUAUUAAGUCAUUUUUUAAUUUUUUUUUUUUCGAUAAUAAUAUAUAGGCUAGAUAAUUUAAUCAUUAAAAUAUAGUUUUUUUUACACGUUUACAUUUUACGAUUUUAUUAACUAACGCCACGAUUAAGUCAAUUUUCAAACUAUAUACCAUAUUAUAUUAUAAUAUACAUCAUAAGUUAAUAAUAUGUCAAUUAUUGCAAAAACUUUAUUAAUAAAAAUAACUUUAGAUUUCAGGAAUAUCGUGUAGGAUUCUAGACGCUCUAGUAUUCUAACUUAUAAUUGUAUCGCGACAAUUUGUCGAAAACGUAUAAUUUAUUGUAUAAAAUAAUACAAGUAUAACGAGAUAUUGUAUCAUAACUAUAUUUAUUUAUCAAAUGAUUUAUUAUUUUAACAUUUUGAAGAAAAAGAAUGAUUUAUUUGACAAUAAUGUAUACCAUACUCCAGGUAUAAAAUUUAUAGUAAGUACAUAUUACGAAUUGUAUUCCGUAAAACCUGUAUCGAUCGUUCGCGUCAUUAUACUUGACUCCGCGAUAAAAUACAUCAUUCACUCAAUAUAUUAGGUAAACGGAUGUACUACUCAAAUAACACAAUAAAAUAUUGGCUACAAGUGAUGAAAAUAAUAAAAAAUAUUAUUUAUCGUAUGUUAUUUUCGAUGUACACUAUAUUUUCUCUGUUUUAACUCGUUUUUCACAAGGAUCUACGUAUUAGACAUAGGAAUCGCUCCUAUAAUGGCUAUUACGACCGUGCACUAAUCAAAAUAUUUAAUUCGUAAUAAUAUUUUAAUACUAUAGACAGACUACCACUAUGAUAAUUCUUUUUCAUUCACGUCGUUUUCGCUAUUAGUGCGCGUGUAAAACUACACGUUAUGACUCGGUAGGUACUCAUGAGUUAUGAGUCGAUAACUAUUAUAAUAUAUAAUGACUUGUAACAUAAUAUUUUAAUAAUAAUCCAAGAGACUUAGACUUUUGAACACUGUUGUGUAAUAACAUUUUAACAAUUUCUUACUUUUUAGUGAAAAGCUCAACGUUUUACGUCUUCAUACUAUAGGUGCUAUACGCCAUGUAUUUAAAUAAAUUCCAAAUAGAAUCGUGUACAGUGAUAUUUUUAUAGAUUUGUAAUGUAGACAUAUAAUUGUGUAUAGGUUAUGAAAUAUAAUAUAAUAUACUUUAAUAAUAUACAUACGUGUCUAGCAGCUAUGAUAAUAUAAUAUUAUAACAUUAUUUAUAAAUGCCUGUUGAAAAUCAUAUAGACACUUUAGGUUUUGAAUUUUUGAAUUUUGCGAAUGAAAUUGUAUUGUUAUAAUAUCGGGUACAUAACUUGCGAGAUAUUCUAAUUUGUUCAAAAUAAAUUAUCACGGAAGUGCAAUUUAUUAUAUUACGCUUGGUUGAUUAUUUUACUAACGUAUAAGUUUUUAUUAGUAUAGGGGAAAAUAUUCUAAAUUUUUUGUAUAUGUUUAAUGUAGGAAUGUAAUUCUUUUUUAUAAUAUUACAAAUAUCGAAAUUAAAAUUUAAGUCGCAGAGAGAUGGCGGCGUUAGGUAUCUAUAGCUAUCGCGUGUACAUCACAAGCCGUGUAUAGUGGUCAUAGGAGGUAUAUUAUUAUACCCUUCGGCCUACGGCCUACACAUGCACGAAAAAGCGUUUCGAACAGUUUUGGGACGGACUUGUACAAAAUUGUGUACGCAAAUUAAAUAUUUUUUAAAUGUUUAGGGACAUUGACUGAUUCGCGUUAAAUGAUGAUGAGUCGUGAUGCUAGCUGUAUUCCUGCUGUAUGAUAAUACUAUAUGCGUUAUUGUAGUACACAAUAAUAAUAACAAUUAUUUGACGAAAAACUACAGACUGACUACGAAAAAUUGUAUAAAAGAAACGCUUAUUUUGUUCGGCAUUGCGCAAACUUUUCGCUGCGGAUUAUUGUUAAACUUUUAUUUAUUCCCCCCCCCCAAGUAUAGAUAAUUAUUAUAACUCGUAUUAUCUUCAAACCGGCGGCGAUGAAUGAAAAAUCCAUAAAACAACCGACACGGAAACGAUUCGCGUAAUUUUCACAAUAAACCGAGUGUGUGGUGGUUAAUUUUACUAUUUUUCCCACGACAUACCCAGCUCGCACCGUUCUGUAAUAUUAUUAUCGUCGUCGUCGUUUCGGUAUAAUAUGCGGUAUUCCUCGGUCAAUUACCGUCGAUUAGGAAAAUAGUAUCGCUCGGUAAUGUGAAACAAUAUUCUAUUUACGAGUAGUGAGGUUACCGAGCAAAUUAUAGUCGUACGAUAUGAUAAUUAAACCACACGUUGCGUAAAAAAAACCCCCAGUUUUAUGAUCGAAAUGACCGAGUUUACUUUGUACGUUUUGUAAAUUGAACCGAUCACCGACUCGCGAAUCCAUUUCCGUAAACAAAAGAAACCCGGCAAACAAAGUAAAAUCGAAAAAAUUAAAAAAAUUAGGGCUUCGUAAUAUUAUUAUUAUCGUCGUCGACGAGUCAGUCAUCGUCUUCGAACGGACGUGCACCGCCAAUGAUGAUCGCGACAAAAAGGUGGGGUGGCAGAUCGUAAUAUUAUAAUUAAUCACGUGCUCGCGUAUAAAAUAAUAUAUUAUUCGCUGCCUUGCGAUGCGGUGAAUACUCCAUCACGAUGUCAUAAUUUAUCAAUUAAAGAUACCUCUGAUGAUUAGUGACGACGUCUCGAUAAUAACAACAACAAUAAUAAUAAUGUGUGUGUGCCAAAGGCGGCGGCGUCGAGGGGGGGGCUCAGUUCGAUAAAAAAAAAAAACUUAACAGAACCCCUUAUUGAUUUAUUUCAAUUUGUCAAAGUUGACAAUUUUACGUUUUUACCAUACGUACGCACAGGGCCGGAUUUAAGCGCAGGCUAUAUAGGCUGCAACUUAUGGGCCCCACAACUGGCCCUCACCACACAUCACACAACUAAAAAAAAAAAAAAAAAAAAAAAAUAGCUCCGUCUAAUAAUUAAUUAAUAUUUUUUUUUCAUUUUUUCAUUUAAACGUUGUUAAUUGUUUUUACACAUUCACUCUCUUUCAGUUUUCUAAAAUUGGUUUUGCGUAAUGAAAAAAAAUGUUAUUUUUCAAGGCACAUAUCCUAUAUAUAGUAUUUUGCUCUUCCCAUUUCUAAAAACCCUCUGGUAGGGCCCCAACACAAUUGAGCUUAGGGGCCUAAAAAUCCUAAAUCCGGCCCUGCGUACGCACAACGUAUCAGAGGCAUAUUAAGUAGAGCAUCGCGAUAAUAUUUCACAGCUCUAUAAAUCCUUCGAGUGACAUACCACCAGUAAAUAUUACGAGUAUGUACUACGCCUACUGCUGCCUUUGUACGUAUUAAAGAGUAAUUUUUUUUAUUAUUAUUUCCUAUUCCAUCAUGUCGUGCAGAGCGAUUCUUUAGUUGAUCUGUGACCUCUAACCCUCGUGAAACCGCCCGUUACGCGGGGUAGGAGAGCGACGAUCGCAAAUUUUAGCGCCCGGACGAACGCCAUAAUACCGACGUCCGCGCGCGAUAAUUUUAUUAUUAAUAAAAUUAACCUACCGCCGUCAAAUAACAAUCUACAUCGUAUACGGGUAUUUUCAAAUCCGAUAACGGCAAAAUUUCGAUCGGUAAUCGAGCGAUCCCGACAAAAAGUACCUAUUGUUAUUAUUGUUGUUGUUGUACAUACGAUGUUGCGGGUAAUUAUCAAAAAAUAUCGUGUCGUACACGAGUCUUAACGAUCAAUAAACCGGCCCGUAAAUCACAGCGCCCAGUUAUUAUUGUUUAUUUUUGUAACUGUUUUUACGAUAAUAAAUUAUACGUAUACAAUAAACCGCGCGUACCACGCGUCCGACUGCGCUGGCAGCGGUUGUAGAAAAAGUAACCCGCACGUUUGCAUCGCAUUAUCGCACCUUUCGGCCGUUAAUUUGUUGUCUUAUUAAUAAAAUAAAGGUUAAGCUACCCGCGGAUGUGGGUUUGGCGCUUAACACAUCACGGUUCACGAUACGAUCGAUCGAUCGAUUACGUCUUACGUAAUCGGCGGCCGACAUCCGGAACAAGUUUCGAUGUGGCCGUCGAAGCAAACAUUUUUCUCCCCUAGAAACUAGAAACGAUAUGAAAAAAAAUACAUAAUUAAACCGACCAGAAAAAAAUUCCUUCCCCCUUCCGAAAAAUGCACAAUAAUAAUAUGCAUUGUAACGGGUGCGCGGUGGUGGCAGCGGCGGGGUGUCGUACCGCGUUGGUGCAGCAGUGUUACGACUCCGAGUUUUUACCGAUGUUUUUCGAAGAACCGACAAUAAAACUUAGCGUAUUUUAGGUGUGUAAAUAAUAUUAUAAUAUAUAUUAGCCGAGCAUGCGAGUACAUAAAUAUUAUAAUUUUACAUUAUUUAUGUAUAUUAUUUAUAUAUUAUUAUGAUAAUAUAGCGUAGUCGUAACAGUCGUUUUUAUUAUUACCAACAUUAACCGAUAUUGUAAUAUAAUAAUAAUAUCUUAUUAUGUAUAAUUAUUAUUAUUAUAGUAAUUAAUAAUAUUAUUGAUGCUAUGUUGCCUGAGCAUUGUAAUUUUAAGGAUUUUUGUUGUUUUUUUUUUUUUCAUUUUCAAUAAUGACCUACAAGAAUUAACGAUUUGGAUAGAGAACACGAGAGAAUAUUCGGUGAACGCGCUGAGAAAAAAAAAUAAUAAAAUUGAAAAAAAAAAAUUACAAUAACAAUAAUCCGCGAAUUGUAAUCGAAUAUAAUUAGCGAUAUCAUCAGAUUCGUCGUAUAAAAAUAUGAUCAACACGCGCGUAUAAUACGACUUAUGUACACAAGUUAUUGUAAUAAUAUUAGUGUUUAUCGUUAUGUGAUUCAGCGUAAUAAUUUAAAAUAAUUGUAUGAUAUAUUAUUAUAACGUGUGCGCCCCUCCCCACCCCCAAACCACAUACGAGUUUUCGGGAGAAUUUCGUUUCAAAAGUUCGAUGCCGAAACUUUGGUCGACUUAUUCUUUCCCGUCUUUUUUUGUAUAUUCGAUUUCGUAUAAAAUAUAAUAUUAUUAUAGACUAAUUUUUAAUCUCCUGCAAUGAGAUAUUCUAAAUUAACAUAUCGGUCGCGGUUAGCAUACGCGAUGUUAACAUACAUAGGUGUUAUAUAAUAUUAUAUACUUAUAUAGGGGUAAUUAUUGUAUAAUAUUACGGGGAAUUUUUUUUUUUUUUUGUAAACAUAAAUCUAAAAGACUUUGACUUUGAUACAUAACACAAUAUAUUAUAUAAUAAUGUACAGAACCGGCGGCGGCGGGCCCAUCGCGUAGCACCUAGCAAUGAUUAAAACAUUCACAGAACGAAUACUAUAAUUAUUAUUAUCAUUAUUGUAAUCCGUUUAUUUUUCGAUUUAUAUGAUAUUAAAAUAUUUUAAUAAUAACUGUACGCAACGUAAUAUAAUAUUAUACUGUAAACAUUAUAUAGGCGCGCAAAGUUAGGUAUUAGUAUUGUAGGAUUAGACGUUUUUUAUUAUUUUAUUUAAUAAAAAAAAGCGUAUUCGUUCACCGGGCGCUUAAAAAAAUGUACCUACGCAAAUUCGAUUUUGACCUAACCUCUUCCUCCCGCUUUAUCGGUAAUAAUUCGCCGCAAUCGGUUGUCGUCGUGUCAUGACGGCGUGCGGUGAGACGCGACCACAGCAGCAAAACGUUGUCGUUUUAUAAUAAUUGCGACUAAGUUACCUACGGUGCGAUUGUCAUACUUGCCUAUAAUAAUAAUAUUAGUAUGCAACAAAUAUAAUAAAACAAAAAUUAAUAAUAAACGUAUGCGUAACAGUAACCCUCUCCCGCUACCAGAUUUAACAUUUUUGCGGAUGUCAAAAUUUUAUAAUAUAUUACUAUAUACCUACGGUAAAAUAAAUAUUGUGCACCGAGUACAAUAUAAUAUAUACACGUAGGUAUAUAUUCCAAUAGUAAUAAUAGCAAGUAAAAGAAUAUUAAUAUUGUCAUAUACCCACAACCCACACGUGGUUACCACACUCCUCCACGCCACGUCCGCGAGAGUUCGCGUACCCACCGCGUUGUUAUUAUUAUUAUUUAUAUAUUUAUACUGUUCGUAAAUAACGAUAUUAUGUAUCCCCCCCAGAAAAAAAAAGGUCGGUUGACAAUAUAUUACAAUGUAAUAUAUUAUGUGUUUUUCGAUCGCGUACUAUACCUUCAACUGUGAAAACUGUGAAUAGAAAAACUUCGUAUAGCGUGUAACUUGUUAGCAUUAUUAUUAUAUAAUAUCAAUAACAUAAUAAUAAUUAUAUACGUGUAGAUUUUAAUAUAAUAAUAAUAUAAUAUAUACUGUUACUAUAUAAUAUUAUAUUAUACUAUUUAUAAAUUGUACAUAAUAUUAUACACACAUAUAGUGCCUAGACCUUACCACUGUGCCUCGAUUUUUAGCUACAUAGAUUCUAUAUUUUUUCAUUGAUUUCGACGCGAUACUCCGCGUGCCUAUUGCGUCAUCGUCGUCGCAAUAACAAAAUAACAUUAAUUAAUUGAUUAACAUACUUGUUAAGAUAAAUUUUUUCCAAAUUGUUUCACUUGGGUAUUUUGAACGUACCUAUUUGAAUUAUAAAAUUAUUAUUAGCGGCAUUCUCUUUCUAUAAUAUAUAGGUUUUGUAUAAGUACCUAUAAUGUUAUAUACAGAAUUGCUUAAUGCGUCAAACGCAUUAUUAAAUCCUCGUGAGUUUAUAUAAUAUUCGUUUGUAUUUAACAUUUUUUAAAUACAAAAUAUAAAACACGGAUUUGAAAUGCUUUAUUAUAUAACAGUAGUUGAAAUGUGUUUAAAAUAAAAAAAAAAACAAAGCGUUUGAAUGCUCGACUAGUAUGAUAAUUAAUAAUCUAUAAAUAUAUACAUACACAUUGUAAUAUUGUAGAAACGGUUUAAGUACCUAUAUUAACUAGUUUUUGAAAAAGUGUCGUUACAUUUCUAUUGUGAAUAUCAGAGUACGCAUAGCAAUAUUAUAAUACCUAGGAAGGUUUUUUUUUUU